AUUUUGAUUGAUUGAAAAUGAAGAAUUUUACGUCUUGUUCCACUUGAUUUUCUCAAGUUCAAGCUCUUUUAAUUACCAUUUUUUGUUAGUUUUUCCUGUUUUCUAGAGAAAAUCAGUUUUUAUAUUUCAUAUUUUAUAAGUUAAACAAAUCACCGAGUGCCCGUUUAUUGCUGUUAACAAGUUUUAAUGCCCUCGGGCAGUGCAUAAUUGUUCACCGGAAACGUAAAAGAAAUGAUACGAAUUUUUUGUUUUGAAUAGUGAGAACAUCAAGAUAUCUCAUCACUUUUUAUAAUGUCUUACGGUUCUGGUAGCCAUCGAAAUUCUGGUUCUUGGAGUCGUUCCAAUACCUCGUCUUACUCCUCAGAGAACCAGAUUUAUCAAUCAAUCGGUAAUGUAUCGUAUCCAAUCAGCAAAAGAGCACCGUAUACCGAUAAUUAUGGGAAUAAUUAUGGUCAAAAUUCAACGAGUUCUGCAAAACCGAGAUCCAUUCGCGGAUAUGUCACUCGUUUGUAUGAUUCGUGGGGCGUGAUUGACAACGAAUGUCAUUUUUCAUUCAGCGUAUGUUCUAAAGGUAUACCUAAAAUGAACGAUUACGUUUUCGCGGAUGCUAUUUCCAGUACGAAUCCGCAAUAUAAAUUCAAAGCUACUAGGGUUCAGAUUUCGAGCAACGAUCGAGAUUUUUCCAACAAUAAAGUGCUUACUGGUUUUCGAUCACAAAACGAUUUUGAUUCGCGUAAUAAACGUGCUAGAACUCCGACUCAUCGUGAAAGAAGUCGAGAUCGAAGAUACGAUGAUGGCGAUAAAAAGCGUUUCAAACGAGACGAUAAAGAAGACAGAUCCAAAGAAAUUCACGAAAGAGAUGCGCACAGAGAUCGAGAAAAAAUAAAAGAAUUCGAAAAGAGUCCGGUUCGACGACGUAGCAAAUCACCUGUUAAACGACGAUUUGUUCGUUACGCUGUAAAAGUGCCUACUGAAAUUUUAAACCUGCCAUCAGCUGAUAUAGUUGUAUUGAAGAAACGUUAUCCGGCGUUGUACAUUCCUUCGGAUUUUUUUACAUCAAAUUUUAGUUGGACCGAAACAUUUCCUUUGUAUAAACCUUUCACUCUAGAUAAACCUUGUACAUUUCACGUGAUGCAUAAAGAUUGCGAUCCGUUGGUAGAAAAUAACGCUAAUCUCGAACCAGCGGACUUGAAUUAUUUGUUUUCGGUCAAAGUUCUGCUAAUGAGUAUCCCGAAUAUGGAAGAAGUGUAUAAAAAAACAAUGUGCAUGGCCGAAGACUUACACAAAGAAGAUGAUAAAAGUUACGUUCAUUUAACGCGAUUAAUUCAGUUCCUCGUGGGAACCCGAGGCAGCAAAGGAGAUCCGUUAGCUAUCGGUGGUCCUUGGAGUCCAUCUUUAGACGGGGAGAAUCCCGAUAAGGACCCUUCUGUUUUGGUCAAAACUGCUAUUAGAACAUGCAAAGCGUUAACUGGCAUCGAUCUCUCAGGAUGUUCCCAGUGGUAUCGUUUCAUGGAGGUAUACUAUCAUCGAAGCGAGAGUGUGCACAAAAGCAAAACAAUCCCGGCUCGGAUCGAAACCGUUGUAUUCUUUCUGCCCGAAGUAUGGAACUGCGUACCCACCUGCCUAGAAUGGGAAGACAUUAAACUCGACUAUAAAAACUUACUGGAAGAAAAACUGCAACCGAAAGCGAUCGAAGAUAGCGCUAGUCAAACUUUUCAUAGUGAUCUUAUCGAAGAAAGCGACAAGGAAGAAGAUUUGGUUGUUAUUGAUAAAUGUGAAGAAAAACUCGAACCGACGCCACAUACUGAGCUAGAUCCUAAAACUAUGAAGGUAAACGAAUUACGACAAGAAUUAGAGGCUAGAUCGCUGUCAACCAAGGGUUUAAAAAAUCAGCUAGUUGAACGAUUAACCGAAGCUUUAAAAGACGAAGCAAAACAAGAAAUAGAUGAACUAGAAAAAUCUGGCGAAAAUUUUAUGGAAGUUGAUAAAGUUGAGGAUGAAAAAAUCGACGAAGAUGAAAAUUCUAAUGAGAAAAAUGACGCUGAAAGAAACGACGACAAGAUCGAUGAUGAAGAAGUUGAAGACGAAAAAAACGAAGACGACAAAGCUGAUGCAGCUGAAGCUAAAACAAUUGAACCGAUAGAUCGUGCAUCACUGGAGAAAAAAUAUUCUCUUCCUGAUACUCCUCGUAUAAUCGUGCAUCCUUCUAAAACGGCCAAAAAUGGAAAAUUUGAUUGUACGAUAUUAUCUUUGGCCAGCUUAUUAGAUUAUCGAAAUAAAGAAAACAAAGAAACUUCUUUCGAACUGUUUUUAUUCGCCGAGCUGUUUUAUGAAAUGCUUCAGCGAGAUUUUGGUUUUGCAAUUUACAAGAAGUUUUGCGAACUUCCAGAAAAACCUAAAGAAGAAAAAGAUGAAAAGGAAAAGAAAGAAGAUAAAGAAAUUGCGAAAUCCGAUCAACCAGACGUAACGGAGAAAGACGAAAAAGACGACUCGAAGAAUGAAAGUAAAUUGAAAAAAGAUGACGACGAAGCUGCUAAAAAAGACAAUCUCGAAAAAGAGGAUAUUACUGAUACGAAAUUGAACGGAGUAAAAACUGAAAAUGGCAGCAAAUGCGACGAAUCCAAGAAAAAAGAACGUGUGAAGAUGAUCACAAAGGAUUCUCAGUUAUUAUUAUCAUUUACAUUUUUUGAUCGAACCCAUUGUGGAUAUAUUUUCGAAAAAGAUUUAGAAACAAUUCUAUUUUCUCUGGGAUUACAACUUUCACGUCAUCAAGCGAAGAAACUAAUAUCGAAAGUAGCAGUACGCGAAACGGUGCAUUAUAGAAAGUUAACGGAUAAACCCGAAAACGAAGAAGAUGAAGAAAACAGAGUUGAAUUAAACAUCACAGAAUUAGCUUUAGGAAAUCAAAAGUUCUUCCCUAUUUUUACGGAAGCAGAUUCCGGAAAUGCUCAAAAAAAUUCACCUGCUCGACGAGGCCGUAAGAGUAAGGAAAACGAUUCACCUGCUAAAUCUUCCACUUUGGUGAACAUUGGCGGUUCCGUCGUAGAUGUUGAAAAAAUUAUGGACUCUUUGAGAAAAAGCGAAUCCAUUCGUUUAGACGUUGAAAGACAAUUAUGUAGAUAUAAAAAAGACCAUGAUACUCUCAAAGAUCAAUUGAAACGAUCUGAAGAUAAAGAAAAAACCAUGAGCGAGGAUUUACGAACUUGUCGCGAUAAGCUGAUGUCUGUUAGUAAAGAAAAGAUUUCGUUACUGAAUACUGUUCGAACGUAUAGUAAAGCGGUGUCGAGUAUUCAAGAUGUCAUUAACGUCCUUGGAGAAAAAACCGAAAAAAGUUCAAAAUCUUCGAAGCCUGACGAUAAAACCAAACCUAAAAUUAAAGCCGAAAGUAACGACGAGAGCUCUUCAGAAAAAUCACAAUCUCAAAAUGAGCAAGUUGAAAACGAAUCAUCGUCUGAAGCUCAAAUCACGGAAUGCUCCAAAAAGAUAAAGAUGGAGUCUGAAAAUAGCGAGAAUGUAGAUUUAUGAAUUUAGUGUUUAUUUUUUUCUUCUAAUAUAAUAUUUUUCAAUUUUAAAA